UUGUAAGCAAAAGUAGAUGCACGGGUUCUUUUACUUAUUAUUUUUUUGUUAAAAUUUUGUUGUUGUGCAUUUAAUUUCUAAUGUUUUGAUGUGUGAAAAAUAAAGUAUAAUUUAAUUGAAAUCACAAGUAAAACAACAAUGUAUAAAAAAGUGCUUUAAAAUAUCAAAGAAACGUGUUAAAUCUGAAAAAAAUCAUUCAAACCGAGAAAAAGAAACAUAUUCUCAUUGCAACAACACCUCCCUCCUUCUUUUUUUUUCUUUUGGUGCUUUGACAACAACAAUAAACCGAAACAAAAAAAGUUAUAUUAAACUUCCUGCUUUCUAAGCCUAUUUAAGAUAAGAAAUUCGUUAAUUCUUUAAAAUUAAACAAAAACCACAGUAAUAAACAAUAAGAUAUGAGUGUUAUGAAAGUUUGUUGCAUGGGAGCGGGUUAUGUUGGUGGACCCACAUGUUCUGUUAUGGCAUUAAAAUGUCCAGACAUUACUGUGACCGUGGUAGACAAGAGUUCUGAACGUAUUGCUCAAUGGAAUUCCGAUAAAUUGCCCAUAUACGAGCCCGGUCUAGAUGAUGUUGUCAAAAAAUGCCGCAAUGUUAAUUUAUUUUUUUCGACUGAUAUUGAGACUGCCAUUAAAGAAGCCGAUUUGAUUUUCAUAUCUGUUAAUACACCCACAAAGACCUUUGGCAAUGGCAAAGGUCGUGCUGCUGAUUUAAAAUAUGUUGAAAGUGCUGCCCGUAUGAUUGCCGAAAUUGCACAAUCCAAUAAAAUUGUAGUAGAGAAAAGUACUGUACCCGUUAGAGCUGCCGAAAGUAUUAUGCACAUUUUACAUGCCAAUCAAAAACCCGGCAUACGUUAUGAUAUUCUUUCGAAUCCUGAAUUCUUAGCCGAGGGUACUGCCAUUGAAGAUCUUUUGCAUGCAGAUCGUGUGCUUAUUGGUGGCGAGGAAACUCCUGAUGGUCACAAGGCUGUAGAAAAGUUAUCAUGGAUUUAUGAACACUGGAUUCCCAAGGCUAAUAUCUUAACCACAAAUACCUGGAGUUCGGAGUUGUCAAAAUUAGCCGCUAAUGCAUUCUUAGCACAAAGAAUAUCCAGUAUUAAUUCUCUUUCCGCAGUAUGCGAAGCCACAGGCGCAGAUGUUUCUGAGGUGGCUAGAGCUAUUGGUUUAGAUUCUCGCAUUGGUCCGAAAUUCCUACAAGCUUCGGUUGGUUUUGGUGGCAGUUGUUUUCAAAAAGACAUACUUAAUUUGGUUUAUAUAUGUGAGGGACUUAAUUUGCCUGAAGUUGCUGCCUAUUGGCAACAGGUUAUCGAUAUGAAUGAGUAUCAAAAGAAUCGUUUUUCACAAAAAAUCAUUGAAAGUCUUUUCAAUACGGUUUCCAACAAACACAUCUCUAUUUUGGGUUUUGCUUUUAAGAAAAACACUGGCGAUACUCGCGAAACUCCAGCUAUAGCUGUGUGCAAAACAUUGUUGGAGGAAGGCGCUAAGUUGGAUAUUUACGAUCCUAAAGUAGAACCCGAACAAAUCAUUGAUGAUUUAACACAUCCCUGUGUUACAGAAUCUCCCGAGAGUGUUAAGCAAGCUGUGCAAAUACACAGUGAUCCCUAUAGCGCGGUUAGAGGAACACAUGCUAUUGUUUUGUGUACAGAAUGGGAUGAAUUUGUGACUCUUGACUAUCAACGCAUUUAUCAAUCAAUGAUGAAACCAGCAUACAUUUUUGAUGGCCGUAAAAUUUUAGAUCACGAACGUUUACAGCAAAUCGGUUUCCAUGUCCAAACAAUUGGCAAAAAGUAUCUACGCACUGGUCUUAUGCGUUCCUGGGGUAGUGUGCCUCAAUUGUAGGGCAAGAAAAUGGUGAAACUUAAUGCAAGUUUUACCAAACGAAACAAUGGUCUUCACACUGCAAGAAGAUGAACUUUGAAAAAGCAUUGAAUUCCUCCAAAUUAUAUAUUCUACUACUUUCUUCUUACUUUUUUUCCUAUUUAUAAAACAAAAACACUUUAUUCUAAUUAAUUAAAGAGAACUAACUUUUGUCUUUACUUAUGACCUUGCACAGUAUUUAAAGAAA